AGACUGCGACAAACAACUCAUGCAGUAUAGUCAUUAAGUCUACGGAUCGUACUACUACUAGUACUACGAAUAUUUAUUUUCUUAUUAACCAUAAAGUUUCGUGUGUGCGUUAGUUAAAGCAUGUGAUGAAACGAACAUUGAAAACAAAAUCUUAAUACUUUUUAUCGUGAGCAGAAGAGAGUAACUAACUAGACACACACACACAAAUUAUAGACGUUUUCCGUUUAGUAUGAACUUUUAAGUUAUAACUGCAUAAAAACAGUAAGAAAAGUCAGUUUGUUAAGGAAAUAUACGGCCCGUUAGCGCUGACUUCUCGUGUGUGUGUUAUCGUUUAGUAGUCGAAGAAAAAAAGACUAAAGAAAUGAGUGAAAAUAUUCCACAUCUAAAUCAUACACCACCUCCGACAUCAUUGCUAAAGGAUUUUAAAGCACCCACUUUUAAAGAGGAUGAAUUAGUUUUAUAUUUUCAUCCCUAUAAUUUCCAUUCACAAAAAAUCCUCUUACUUUUAUAUGAGAAAAAUAUUGAAUUCACACCUUAUGUUGUGGAUUUAUUAAAUGGCGAGCAAUACUCAAAUUGGUUUUUAAAUUUAAAUCCUAAAGCCGAUGUACCCGUUCUACAAGAUGGUUCCUUUGUAGUACCCGAUUCGUCGCAUAUCAUUAAUUAUAUAGAAAAUAAAUUUCAAGGCGGUGAUUGCAAGUCAUUGAAACCGAAAAAUAAUAAUUCUUUAGAGAAUGAGAAAAUGCUAUUGUUCGAACAAAUCUUGGGCCAUUUACCAGUAGGUGCCUUAAGUUUGGGCUCGUUUAUACAUGAUGAUUUAAAACUAGUACCAAAACCACCAUUCAUUGGACCUAUAAGGAAAACUUGCUUGAAGAAUAAUGAAAAAGUUUAUGGCCUUUUAAAGGAAUCCAUCGAUAAAGUGGAAGAUCAUAAAGCAGCCUUAUUGCGUAAAUUAGAUUUGCAAGAGCGUCGUAAACGUAUCGUUUAUUCACGUCUAGAAUAUCAAAAAAUCUUGGAUGCCAUUCACAAUGUUUUACGUUUCGUUGAAGACGAUAUGGUGGCUCAUCCUGCCAGGGAAUGGCUUGUCUCUAAUGAUUUUUGUAUGGCUGAUGUUUGCUUUGGCUUGUUGCUAUUACGUUUAUACCAAUUGGGUUUUGAGAACUACUAUUGGUCUUAUGGAAAACUGCCACGUGUGGAGAGUUAUUUUUUACGUUUCAAGAAACGUGCCUCCUAUGAAAAGUUAAUGCCAACUAAUUUUGAAAUACUGAAAGAUAUGUGGCAAAUGACACCAUCCAACUAUAUAAUCGGAGCCAGUGCUGGUGUUUUGGGUAUGGCAGUAUUUGCCGCCUUUGCUCAUAAAUAAGUAAAACCAUUUUAAAUAAAUAAAUAAAUAAAAA